AGGCGUGGGUGAGGUAGACAGUAAUUAGGGGAAUGUCCAAUGGAAGUAAGACAAAGGCACACACACAUACAGAUAAGAGAAUCAUGAGAAAAAAGCAUACAAACUUUUUUAAACAAAAUUCACCCUUUCUUCUUUCCCCUUUUCACUUCUCUCUGACACACAACAACAACAACAAAGAAAAAAGAAAACCCACUUUCCAUUGCUCUCUUCCAUUUUUCUCUUCUAUUACUCAUGGCCGAAGCUGCUGUUCCUAUUCCUCACCGGAUUCUCUCCUUAUCCGCCCUUGACGCCGUCGGAAAACACAGGUUGCUCGCUGAAAUGAAGCGCCUCGAGCAAGAGGCAAGAUUUCUAGAGGAGGAGCUGGAGCAGCUUGAAAAAUUAGACAAAGCAUCGACAUCAUGUAAAGAGUUAUUGGGCAGCAUAGAAAUGAGAUCAGACCCUCUACUUCCAGAAACUCUCGGCCCCGUAAAUCCAGUUUGGGAUCGAUGGUUCGAAGGUCCGAAAGAUUCAAAUCGAUGCCAUUGUCAAUGCAGAUGCUGGAUUCUGUAACCAUUUUGUUUGAUUAUGUAUAAAAAUUUCUGGUUUCUACAGAAUGUGAAGUCCUGAUUGCCAAAUGCCCCCAGUGAAUUUGAAAGGGCUCUAUCAUGUGAUGAUCUUUGCCAAUCUCAAGAUUCACUCAACAAGGGUUUCACAUUAAUGAAUGUUCAUGUUGUGGUUUUCGAAAACAAAAUUUAAGGGUUUUGUUGGUAAUUGGUAUAGCUAUAGAAAAUAUCAAUAUAGAGUGAGUUUGAUUAUUAUUUAUUUUCUUUUUAUUGGAGGUUGGAAAGGGCUAAUCCAAGAAGUAGUUUCAGAAGGAACAGUGGUAAAGUACGUUAUCCAGAAGUAUUUUAAAA